AUGGCAUCUCUUGUCGAAUCCCGGGAGAUCAAUGGAUCUGAUCUGAUCUCUGCUCUCCAUCUCUCACAGCAAGCGCCUGCGAUUCUCGGCCAUGAUCUCUCUAAACCCACACCGACCAGUUCAUCCUCCGCAGAUACGGCAGAGGAGUAUAAACGGAUUGAGCAACUUUUCCUCGCCUGUCUGCGAACAGGUGAUGAUCAAUCCGCUCAGGCCUGUCUUGAUCGAUUGAGCCACCGGUUCGGUUCCUCCAACGAGAGGGUUAUGGGGCUUCGUGGCCUCUACCAGGAGGCGACUGCUAAGGAUAAUUCUGCCUUGGAAAAAUGCUUAAAGGAAUAUGAAGCUAUCCUCGUGGAGAAUCCGGUCAAUAUGCCUAUCCUGAAGCGUCGAGUCGCCUUGCUCCGCUCGCUUCACCGGCCGACUGAUGCAAUCACCGCUCUCAUCCAGCUGCUUGAUGCUAUUCCAACCGACGCGGAAGCUUGGUGCGAACUCGCCGACCUAUAUCAGUCCCAAGGCCUAGGUGCACAAGCCAUCUUCAGCCUUGAGGAGGCUCUUCUCAUCGCUCCUAAUGCCUGGAAUCUCGUUAGCAAGUCGGUCCAGCAUUUCUGUCGAAGCAUCGAGCUCUGUGAUGAUUACCUUCGCGGUUUUUACGGAUUGGCUUUGGCCUCAUCUCGCAUGCUAGAACCCGACUUUGUGAAUGUCGUAGCGCUUCCGAAGAAAACCGUUGACCAGCUGCAACGCUUUUCUCUUGCACGACUCCAAGAACUUGUCCAGUCCCGGUCGGUAGAUGAUCAACAUUGGGCAUCUAGCCGCAGCGAACUUAUCGCUGCUAAAGCCCUAUUGAAUCGCCUUCAGUCAACCCAAUAA